AUCACCGUACUCUUCCCUCCCGCCAUGUCGUGGGUAACGCGCCAAGGGCCGCAAAAGUACCCGCUUAUUGACUCCGAUCCUCAUGCCUCGCGCGUUGUCGGGUAUUUUCGAGGAAGUGACUAUGCUUACUGGGCUGGCUGUACCGCAGGAGCACCGGCUGCAUUAUGGGGAUGGGGUAAGCGUCGUCAUGUGUGCACUCCGUGGCCAAAAGCGAAUAUCUCCUGCAGAGAAGAUGGACCGGACUGGAUUCCGUAUGCGCUCGCAGUUCUACGUCGGAGCUUGGCUGGGCUUCUGCGCUGGGUUCAUGAUUGCCUACUCGCGAUCCAGCAAACGCUUCUGGGGCUGGUCAGAGAACUCUAUUGAAGAGAAGAGGGACCUGCAGGAGCUUUCUCAGCGGGCCCAAGAGGGAAUCCCUCUCUAUGGUGAAACUAACCAGCCGCAGUGGAUUCAGGCCGCCGCACACCGGAAUUCGCAGUUCUCUCAGCUCAAAUUCUCUCUAUUCCCCAUGCUUAACUUGGUCAACCACCCGUACCAUGGAACGGACCCAGCCAAGUAUGGCGUUGCUGGAGCACCUGCAGUGCUCGAGGACAGUGAGGGAUUGCAACCUGGACAGACGUUGCUCAGUGUGAAGAAGGCUACGCAGUCGAAAUCAGAGUAGAAUGUACUGUUUCGCAUGAACUGAAUUGUUGGAAUCAUGCUCGAUCCUAUAUUCCUGAGAUAUCGCCUUGCGGACUCAUUGGGAAGAGUAUGUCACGGGUCAUGAUACCUGCGCAAUCGCCGGUAGGAAAUCAUUCGCACGCCGCACACAUGUAAUGUUGAUGGAAGGCAGAGUGCGCCAUCCUUCG